AAAUGCUGUAUCAAAAUGACCUGUAACAUUACAACAAAUGACUGGAAAUAAGACUAUGUCAUUUCAUUUCAUAGCAAUUAACUCCUGUUUCACAGUAAAAUACUGUAACCAUUACCCUGUAAUAUCCCAACAAACUGAUUCCCUACGUUGCACACUUUUGUACAGUAGGUGGCAGUGUGCCUUUAAAGCGAGGAUGGUAAUUCAUGAUAAAUUACAACUGUGUUUAGUUGUAACUUUAUUGUAAUUAACUGUAAAAUCUCAGCUCUGUGAUUACAGUAAUCAGCUGUAAAGAUAUUUCCCAGUGAAUUACUGCAAAUGUUACUGUAAAAGUUAGCCAGUAAUUUGCUGUGAAUUUGCAAUUCUUUUUUUACAGUGUACAUUUAGGAACCUCAUAUUCUCAUACUCUUUUGCUCUGGUGUUGGCAUUCUUGUACACCUCUUGACCUCACAGGCCUCAUCCAUUUAAUGCAGAGGGUUGGACAUCAAUUACGUCAGUAAUUUGUUAAAAUAGUUGCUUAGAAGUUUGUCUCCCUUUUCGCCCUUUGCACAGUGAACUGUAAAUGUUGUCCUCAUGCGACUCAAUCUGAUUUGUUUACCCACCCACAUCCAAUACCUGGCAUGUUUGCCCUCUGGACCAGUGCACAGUGCAGGACUACACACUCCUGCGGAACUUUUCUGGCUUUGCUACUUUGUUCUCUUAAGCCCUGAGAGACUGCUUGCUGCGGCGGGAUGAUGGCAGGUGGACUGCAGCUGCUCGCAUUGAGUGUCACGGUGCUGGCUUGGGGAGCCCUGGGGCAGGGGGAUGGACGGUGGAAGAAACAAGUCUCGGGGGAUGCCACCAUCUAUUUGGGUCAGCAAAGAGAAGCUUGGAGGCCGCUGAUGCACGUCGCUGUCAACCUCACCAAAAUAAAAGACAUUAAGUCAUCCUUUCAACUGAGGACAUACGAUCCUGAAGGGGCCAUCUUCUACGGGGACACCAAAAGCGGACGGGACUGGUUCGUUUUGUCCCUCAAAGACGGCGUCCCUCUCAUGCAGAUCAGCCGCAGUGGGGUCCUCGUCAACGUGGCGGGGGGCCCCAAACUAAACGAUGGGCAAUGGCACAUGCUGGAGGUGAGCAACCAAGGACAUUUUGUGAUCCUGGAGGUGGAUGGCGCCAUGGGGCUGGUAGCGGGCCUGCAGUCUAAACACAUAGAGGAGGUCAUCUCGGGGGACCUCAGAUUAGCACUCGGCGGGCUCCUGAUCCCCAAGGAGAGUAUGUUGGUUCAGUUUGAGCCGCAGAUGGACGGCUGUAUACGGGGGGGCAGCUGGCUGAACCUGAGCAUCCCCUGGGAGACGGAUACCGACAAGCUCUGGCCGUGCUAUCAAAACAUUCGACAUGGCAGCUUCUUCCCUGGAAGUGGGCACGCCAUUGUCAACACCUCAGUUUUGCAGAUAGAGCGCGAACACAGUGUGAAAAUUGAAUUAUGGGGAGAUUUCACUAAGAUGUAUGGCGCCAUUCUGAGCAUCAGGACUCCUGGCCUGGUGCCUAUGUUCACUUUAGUAGCUGAUAAUACCACAAAGGAAAUAACGCUCUCCUUCAGUGGUCAUAAAAUGAGUCUCAAAGAAAACUUCAAAAGACUCCAGUUGACCUUUGGGACAGAUUCGCUUGAAGUACAGCAUGACGGAGCUGACUCAAAGGGCACAAUGAAGCUCCUCAGUCCACUCAAGCAUUCUGGUCUUUUGAGCAUAUUGAGAGAAAGCCAAAUUGCCAUCGGAGGCCUUCUCGGUAAAGAUGACGUAGGCUCCUUUCUGAGAGGCUGUCUGGAGAAGAUUCAGAUCCAAGGGAAGGAUGUUGACCUGGAUCUAACAUUGAAAGACAUGUCCAUCUCGUCCCACAGCUGCCCAGUAUAAACCACAGCAUUAGGCAUUUGUAGUGCAAAUUCUUACAGCCUUGUUUAUCUAUGUCACAAUUAAGUUAAGUCUCAUAAAAUGAUAGACUGCCAGACAAGAAAAAUGUGAACAAUGUACGACAACUGUAUAAUAAACAAUUUGAAUCUUGA